AUGUCUGCUUCACCCCAAAACCCAGCGCCUCAGUGGUCUGUGCACCCCCAGCACGCUGCCUGCACCAACCGGCCUCCCACCUUAUCAUCCUUGCCCACCACUGCCCUCUACAACGCCCGCCCCAGCACUCAAGUGGUCUGUGCACCCCCCAGCACGCUACCUGCACCAACUGGCCUCCCACCUUAUCAUCCUUGCCCACCACUGCCCUCUACAAUGCCCACCCCAGCACUCAAGUGGUCUGUGCACCCCCGGCACGCUAUCUGCACCAACUGGCCUCCCACCUUAUCAUCCUUGCCCACCACUGCCCUCUACAAUGCCCACCCCAGCACUCAAGUGGUCUGUGCACCCCCGGCACGCUAUCUGCACCAACCAGCCUCCCAAUUUAUCAUCCUUGCCAUCUCCAACCAUAUUCCACAAUGCCCAACUCUGCCUGGUCUCAGCUACUUGCCUACACACACUCAUCACUUGGGGAUUGCACUGUUCAUAUUCUGGACGUCUCAGGUACUCGCAUACGCCCACAGAGUCAUCGCUUGGGAAUCGCACCAUUCAGAUGUCAAGUUUCAUGGACAUGUCAACACCGCCUCUGCCAUCCUGUCAAUUUGCUGCUUUCUCGAGCGUGCAGAACGACAAGAAGUUGCAGCUGUCAGCUUGGAUGCAAGGAGGCAGCGGAUGCAAACCGUCAGGCUCAAGUCCAAGGUGUGUCUUCUCAUCCUUGUUGCUUGCUUCUAA